AAAUUCUCUGUCAAAAAGGCGCAUGGGCCCAAACCAACUUGGGGUUUUUUCACUGCUGACUAUUCCCUACAUGAUGAAAAUAGUCUGAGUCGAAAAGCUUUUAAUCACCUCGAGAGGUUCCCUCGUAAGGGAGAACGAAAAUACGGACAUUUAAAAAAAUACUAUUCUAAUCACUCCAACUUGCUCUAUUAGUGUUACUUAUUAUUAUCUUGUUUAUGUAAAAGAUAUAUAUAUUGUAGAGACUUGAAUCAUCCUCAACGUUCAAAAUUUAAUAUGCAACAACAACAAGCACAACGUUCAAAUAUUACACAAGAUAUAGCAACAACUGAUAAUCAUGUAUUAACAGAAGUUUUAUCAAAUGCUUUUACUUCCAGUUUAGCUAAACAUCGUGAAAAGUAA